UGUUCUUCCAAUCCCAACCCCAACCAACAUCCCUUUGUGAAAAUUCUCAAACACAAUGAAUUGCUUUCUGUUCCUUACCACACUAGCCAUGUUUGCUAACUGCUUGCCCAUCGAGGAUAAUGACAUCUUUGAAGUGGCAGAUAAUUCAAUUGACGGAGAGAACAGCAUCCUCUCGCCGCCGUCGGAUUACAUCGACCUUAGUCAGUAUGGAGCCGCUUUAUAUGGACAACCCGAUAUCGAUGCCACCGGAAAGGCAGUGGCCGAAUACACCGCAGAAUCUGACACCAAUCCCGAAGAGCUCGGUUCCUAUGUGGAGGGUGACAUUCUGAUCCCUCGACAAAUGGGUCGCAACGGCUUAAGGUCGCAGAGUUCUAGAUGGCCUAAAGGCAUCGUUCCCUUUGAAAUCCGAGGCAACUUCAAUGCACAACAAAUGGCCCUUAUCGAGCGAGCAAUCACCGAAUUUCACAGUAAGACUUGCAUUAAAUUUGUUCCACGAAUGAAUGAGCCCGACUACAUAUCGAUUGUAAGCGGGAACUCUGGCUGUUGGUCGUCCGUUGGUCGUGUUGGUGGUAAGCAGGAAGUAAAUCUGCAGGCACCUGGAUGCCUGACAAAGCCGGGAACUGCGAUGCAUGAGCUGAUGCACGCCGUGGGCUUCCUGCACGAGCAGAAUCGCUAUGAACGCGAUGAUUUUGUAACAAUUCUCUUCCAAAACAUACAGCCAUCGGCCGUUUCGAACUUUGAUAAGGCUUCUGCGGAUAAAACAACUGGAUUUGGUGUACCAUAUGAUUAUGGCAGCGUUAUGCAUUACUCAUCUAAUGCCUUCUCCACCAAUAGGAAUCCCACCAUUGUUGCAAAGAGACAAGGAGUACAAUUGGGUCAGCGAGAAGGUUUCUCAGCAUUAGAUGUGCAAAAACUAAAUUCUAUGUAUAACUGCAAUAUUGGAUCGAAUACUGGGUCUGGGUCUAAUUCUGGUGGCCAACAGGGUGCCAAUAAUAAUGCCAAUGUUAUCAAUAGCUUUUUGGGAGGCCUUAUUUCUGGUUUGGGAUUGGCUGAAGAAUCAUCUACUGAGAAUGCAUCUCAAUAAUCAGGGAAUUAAAUUAAAAAAACGAUAAUAAUGCAUCGAAAAAGGAUUUCAUAGAAUAUAAUUUAUUUCAUUUCA